AUGGCGCUGCUGGACGUGUGCGGAGCCCCCCGAGGGCAGCGGGGGGACUGGGCUGUGCCCUUCGCGGGAAGCCGGCAGCGCUCGGACCCCGGCCACUACGGCUUCUCCCUGCGAUCUCCGGAGCUCGCCCUCCCCCGGGGCAUGCAGCCCACUGAAUUCUUCCGGUCCCUGGGUGGGAAUGGAGAAAGUAACGUGCAGAUCGAGAUGGCUCACGGCACGACCACGCUGGCCUUCAAGUUCCAGCAUGGUGUGAUUGUGGCCGUGGAUUCUCGGGCCUCAGCUGGGAAUUACAUUGCCACAUUAAAGGUGAACAAGGUGAUUGAGAUUAACCCUUACCUGCUCGGUACCAUGUCCGGCUGUGCGGCUGACUGCCAGUACUGGGAGCGCCUGCUGGCCAAGGAGUGCAGGCUGUACUAUCUGCGGAAUGGGGAGCGUAUCUCUGUGUCGGCUGCCUCCAAGCUGCUCUCCAACAUGAUGUGCCAGUACCGGGGCAUGGGCCUCUCCAUGGGCAGCAUGAUCUGUGGCUGGGACAAGAAGGGUCCUGGACUCUACUAUGUGGAUGACGAUGGGACUCGACUCUCAGGAAAUAUGUUCUCCACCGGUAGUGGGAACUCCCAUGCCUAUGGGGUUAUGGAUAGUGGCUAUCGACCUGACCUUAGUAUUGAAGAGGCCUAUGACCUGGGCCGAAGGGCAAUUGUUCAUGCCACCCACCGAGACAGCUAUUCUGGAGGCUUUGUCAAUAUGUACCACAUGAAGGAGGACGGCUGGGUGAAAGUGGAAAGCACAGACGUCAGUGACCUGAUGCACCAGUACCGGGAGGCCAGCCAGUAA